AAGAAUCAUUAAUGUCAUUUGAAGGAAGUCAAGUACGUGGUUCUACAAGCAUUGUUGAAAAAUUAGUUACACUGCCUUUUCAGAAUAUUUCACAUCAGUUAACAACAGUAGAUUGUCAGCCAACACUAGAUGGCACUGGAAUCGUUGUAUUUGUGGUUGGCCAACUCAAGACAGACGAAGACAAGCCUCAUGGAUUUAGCCAAGUAUUUCUACUGAAAUUUGUGGACAACAGUUGUUAUAUUGCAAAUGAUAUUUUUAGACUAUCCUUGCAUCAUUCAGCUUGAAGGGCAUUUCCUGUGAGGCCCUGCAUUGACCAUUAAUCGUCCCCCAAAGUGAUGUUCAUAAUAUGUAUAUGACAGUCUUCUGUGGCACAGCAAUAUGUUGAAUUAGUGACAGAAUCAAACAGUCUCUGCAAUACAGGUGAAAGAUGUUAACAUUUCUUACAUGUAGUAGCUGGUAAAAUAAAACACCAGAGAAACAAAAUAUCAAUAAACAUGGGCAUGGGACUGCAUCAUUCAAUUCAUUCACAUACAUUCACUCAAUUGAAGAAAACAUUCACUGUAUUUGGGAUUUGAACUAUCACACUAAACAUGGAAACAUUUGAAGAUAAAGUGAUUAACCAUUAAGGAUAAUGUGAUUAAUUAUUCUCUUAUUUGAAAAUGUAUUUUAAGAAUGAGAAGAGAUGAAUUUUAUAGACUUCUUCCUAUGGCAGUUCUUUCCUUGACCUCUUCCUAUUACAGUUCUUUUCUAGACCUCUUCCUAUAACAGUCCUUUCCUAGACCACUCCCUAUUACAGUCCUUUCCUAGACCUUCCUAUGGCAGUCCUUUCCUAGACCACUCCCUAUUACAGUCCUUUCCUAGACCUUCCUAUGGCAGUCCUUUCCUAAACCUCUUCCAAUUACAGUUCUUUCCUAGACCACUCCCUAUUACAGUCCUUUCCUAGACCUUCCUAUGGCAGUCUUUUCCUAAACCUCUUCCUAUGGCAGUGCUUUCCUAGACCUCUUCCUAUGGCAGUGCUUUCCUAAACCUCUUCCUAUGGCAGUCCUUUCCUAGACCUCUUCCUAUGGCAGUCCUUUCCUAGACCUCUUCCUAUGGCAGUCCUUUCCUAGACCUCUUCCUAUGGCAGUCCCUUUUCUAGACCUCUUCCUAUGGCAGUCCUUUCCUAGACCUCUUCCUAUGGCAGUCCCUUUUCUAAACCUCUUCCUAUGGCAGUCCCUUUCCUAGACCUCUUCCUAUGGCAGUCCCUUUCCUAGACCUCUUCCUAUGGCAGUCCUUUCCUAGACCUCUUCCUAUGGCAGUCCUUUCCUAGACCUCUUCCUAUGGCAGUCCCUUUUCUAAACCUCUUCCUAUGGCAGUCCCUUUCCUAGACCUCUUCCUAUGGCAGUCCCUUUCCUAGACCUCUUCCUAUGGCAGUCCUUUCCUAGACCUCUUCCUAUGGCAGUCCUUUCCUAGACCUCUUUCUAUGGCAGUCCUUUCCUAAACCUCUUCCUAUGGCAGUCCUUUCCCAAACCUCUUCCUAUGGCAGUCCUUUCCCAAACCUCUUCCUAUGGCAGUCCUUUCCUAGACCUCUUCCUAUGGCAGUCCUUUCCUAGACCACUCCCUAUUACAGUCCUUUCCUAAACCUCUUCCUAUGGCAGUCCUUUCCUAAACCUCUUCCUAUGGCAGUCCUUUCCUAGACCUCUUCCUAUGGCAGUCCUUUCCCAAACCUCUUCCUAUGGCAGUCCUUUCCCAAACCUCUUCCUAUGGCAGUCCUUUCCUAGACCUCUUCCUAUGGCAGUCCUUUCCUAAACCUCUUCCUAUGGCAGUCCUUUCCUAGACCUCUUCCUAUGGCAGUCCUUUCCUAGACCUCUUCCUAUGGCAGUCCUUUCCUGGACCUCUUCCUAUGGCAGUCCUUUCCUAGACCUUUUCCUAUGACAGUCCUUUCCCAUACCUCUUCCCAUGGCAAACCGUUCUCUCAUCAUACUGCUUUCAAGAUUUCUUCUAUGUUAGCUCUUUUUCUUGUAAAGCAGUUUAGAUCCCUAACUAUGGCUAGAUUCAUAUGACUUGAAAAUAUGAUUCAAAAUAACACCAGUCAGGCAUUUCAAAUGAAUGAAUCUGUGGAGUUAUUUAAAUAGUCUUUAUUUCCUUACGUGUAACUAGAACUGUUAACCAUGCUUUUACUCUAGUUUUCAAUAAAAUUUAAA